AUGAAUAUACCGGAAGAUUUUAGGUUAGGAGAUGGUAAAAAAAUUACCAAAAAAGAUUUCGGUUAUUUAUUAAAGAUUCAAGGAACUCUUUUAAGUGGAGAUGAAGAAGAAGUACGAUUAGGAAGCGAAGGUGAUGAACUUAAUGAAUUAGAAUUGCCCAUUUGGGAUUCUUUUGUUAAAGUUAUUUUUCAAGCUAGUUUAGUUUUAGAUCUAAUUGUUAAUAAAGAAUAUGAAGAUGCAAAAACACAAUUAGAAAUUUUAAAAACUUGUGAAAAUGAAGCCAUACCUAAAUUUAUAAAUAUUCAAAGUAAUCCUGAAGCCAAAAGCAAAUAUCCCACCUUAGCAAAAUAUAUUUCAGAAGACUUUCAAACUUAUUCUCAAGUGCUAGAAAGAAGUUUAGAUUUAAGUGAAUCUCGAGAAUGGCAGAGUAAAUCCGGUUCACAUGCUUCGCAUAUUCCUCCACCUCUUUCUUCCAAGUCCGGUUUUGAAACCUUCGAUGAUUUUUCUCUUCAUAGCGGAUACUCAAGAAAAAGUUCAAAAUCAGGUUCAGAUUCAAGUGGAACUUCUAUGGCAACAGCUAACGAAGAAAUACUAAAAACUAUUUCAGAAAAAAUAAAAGAGUUGCAAGCGAAAGAGGUUAGUGAAAAAGAACCAGAUAAGAAAAUAGAACUUAUUACCGAGCAAGAAGAACAAGAAUACAAUGAAAUAAAAAAUGUUGAUGAAUCCAAAGUUUUUCUUGAUAAGAUUAGAUCUAAAUUCCAAGAGACGGGACAAACCUUGACUUUUAAGAUUUUAGAAGAAUUAAUCAUUGAAUAUCUUGAACUUUUAGAAUUUUCGAAGAAAUUUAAAACAAUGUUUGAACAAAAAUAA